GCCCGUGCUUGAGUCGAUUACUGCCAUGUCUUCCUUCGACGACGACGCCUUUUCCAGCAACUCGUCUCGUUAUCUCUCUGCCCCUGCCCCCAAGAAACAGCCGUCCCGCUCUGGUCUCCGCUCGCACCAGCCAGCCACGUCCUCCCCCCUCUCGCAUGGGAUGGCUGACUCUGGUGCACACUCUCUUGCUCAUGAACUCGCAGCAGCGCUUAUGCCAGAGCCAAGCUCGGGCUCAAAGCUGCUCGCAGAAGAGUUUGGCAUCGAGUACGACGAGGGCGCAGAGGGCAUCGACGAGCAAAAUGAGGCAGCAUACCCUUCAUCGUCAGCUAACUUGGCGAAUGAACUCCAGACACAAGAUGACCAAUACCCCGCAAUGGAUCAGCCCAUGUCUCCCACCACUGCUUAUACCUUUAGCGCACAACAGGCAUCAUGGGGCAUUCCUCAGGAAGAGAACCAGCAGGAACCCGAUCCGGAGUCACAGGUCGACGGAGAGGAAGAGGAAGAGGAGGAACAGGACACGACCCAACAGUCGCUCGAGAUGCUCACAGCUAACCUACACUUGACGGACAAGUUUAUCUCCCUUCUCCGCCAGAUCGACACCUCGGAGGAUCCAAAGUCUGGGCGCAGCUCCCAGCCGGCCCUGGAGGCCCGUGCAGCCGACAUCGUGCGCAGGAUCGACGAAACGACACGGGAUCGCGAGAGCCAGCUGCGCGAGCUACUCGACUAUGAUCGCGAACUCAAGAAGAUCGAGGCCGAGAUGGGCGGCAACGAUGUGCUCGGCCAGCUCGACGAGCUCGAGACGGAGCGGCCCUCCAAGGCGCUGCUAUCUGCUGCUGUCACCCUCACGACGCCAGAAGGGUCAGCAGCGCCAAAUAACUCGUCGAUUCCUCUCAAGUCGGACAAUGACGGUACCAGGACGCCGCCGCCGUCAUCGUCGCACCAGCGGAGCCCGUCUGCAUCCCCACUGUCCCCGCUGUCGCCGACGAAGAAGACACAUGUCGCACGCUCGUCGUCCGUAUCAUCGGCGAUCGUGCCCACAGCCCCACCGGAGAGCACGCUCGCACAUCUGACGAACCUCCGCGGUUUCAGCGCGUCGCUCAUGUCUUCGCUUUCCGUCAUCUCCGAGCAGGCCCAGGUGAACGGCGCCGCGACCGCCGAGGCGGGGCGCAAGCUGCGUGCGCUCAAGAACAAGCUUGGCGGCUGGAGGGCGGAGUGGGACAGCGCGGAGAAGAGCAGGGACAAGAUCGAGCAGUGGGAGACGGGUCAGCUCGAGAAUAUUGGGUUUAGACAGGACGGGAGGAAGAUCUGCGAGGAGCAUCUCGAGGCGUUCAAGCGCGCUUUAGACGACGCAGGGACGCGAACACAGCAGAUUAUGGUGGGAUCGUAGGCUUGUGGGAUCGGACGGAGUGCAUGGCGCAUUUGGUGGACAGCGGAGAUCACGGUGGAUAGAUACUGUUAGGCUCCUUGGAGGCACGACGUACUCAUGAUUUCAUCCAUACCCAUAUCACAACACUCGGUCAUACCGAGGCCAGCCAGAGCUGGCGUAGGGCAAAACAUCAUUAACUCACUACAUACUUAUAUCAUUUCAAGCUGUAAAUUUACUAGAGUCAAUUGUAGCUACUCUAUUAUUCCCACCGCAACCCG